CUGCUGGGUCCGUGCUGGCGGCUGGAACCGAGAAGACUGCGUUUGCUGCGGUGUCUCUCGCGCCGGUGUGGUGCCGUGCGCCCGGAAACUAAGAAAAGAAGGGCUAGAGUAAGUGUUCCCCUCGGCCGCUCGAGUCGGUACUAUAGUAUUUCCUUCCCGUCAGGCCAGUGGCUAUAGGGACCAGACCCCGCCCCCUUCUCGGCCUAGACUCCCUUUCCCUCCCUGCCCCUUUCCCACCGGGUACCCCUCAUUUCCUCUUGUUCUGCCUGCGAAUCCCCGCCAAAGUCAUGAAGCUCGUGAGGAAGGACAUUGAGAAAGACAAUGCGGGCCAGGUGACCCUGGUCCCCGAAGAACCUGAGGACAUGUGGCACACCUACAAUCUAGUGCAGGUGGGCGACAGCUUGCGUGCCUCCACCAUCCGCAAGGUACAGACUGAGUCCUCCACGGGCAGCGUAGGAAGCAACCGGGUCCGCACUACUCUCACUCUCUGCGUGGAGGCCAUCGAUUUUGACUCUCAAGCCUGCCAGCUGCGGGUUAAGGGGACCAACAUCCAAGAGAAUGAGUAUGUCAAGAUGGGGGCUUACCACACCAUCGAGCUGGAGCCCAACCGCCAGUUCACGCUGGCCAAGAAACAGUGGGACAGUGUGGUUCUGGAGCGCAUCGAGCAGGCCUGUGACCCAGCCUGGAGCGCAGAUGUGGCGGCUGUGGUCAUGCAGGAAGGCCUCGCCCAUAUCUGCUUAGUCACUCCCAGCAUGACCCUCACUCGGGCCAAGGUGGAGGUGAACAUCCCUAGGAAACGGAAAGGCAACUGUUCCCAGCAUGACCGGGCCUUGGAGCGAUUCUACGAACAGGUGGUCCAGGGUAUCCAGCGCCACAUAAACUUUGAUGUUGUGAAGUGCAUCCUGGUGGCCAGCCCAGGAUUCGUCAGGGAGCAGUUCUGCGACUACAUGUUUCAACAAGCAGUGAAGACCGACAACAAAGUGCUCCUGGAAAACCGGUCCAAAUUCCUUCAGGUACAUGCCUCCUCUGGACACAAGUACUCCCUGAAAGAGGCCCUUUGUGACCCUUCUGUAGCUAGCCGCCUUUCAGACACUAAAGCCGCUGGGGAAGUAAAGGCUUUGGAUGACUUCUAUAAAAUGUUACAACAUGAACCUGACCGAGCUUUUUAUGGACUCAAGCAGGUAGAGAAGGCCAAUGAGGCUAUGGCAAUCGACACAUUGCUCAUCAGUGAUGAGCUUUUCAGGCACCAGGAUGUAGCCACACGGAGCCGAUAUGUGAAGCUGGUGGACAGUGUGAAAGAGAAUGCGGGCACUGUUAGGAUAUUCUCUAGUCUUCAUGUAUCUGGAGAACAGCUCAGUCAGUUGACUGGAGUGGCUGCCAUUCUCCGCUUCCCUGUCCCUGAACUCUCUGACCAAGAGGAUGAUUCCAGUUCUGAGGAAGAUUAAUGAUUGGAACUUCUAACUUAGACAAUCUGUGUCUCCAUUGUUACAUUUCCUUAGCAUCCUGGCAGAAAGCUGCAAGGCACUUUGUGAUUCUUACAGGAAUUUCUCAUGUAUUUGGUCACACUAGGUAUUGUGUGAUUGGCAGGACAUGUAUUCAAACCAAACAAUAAAUUAAAAGGAAAUAAUC